CCGGGUAGCGGCCUCACGCGGGGCCUGGUCCCAGUCUGUGCGCCGUCCCCAGCAUGGACGGGCCGCGCUUCCCCGCUUCCCAGGGUGGACGGGCCUUGCUUCCCCUCAUGCACCCCUGUCGGCUCGGCGGGGAGCCGCUGCUGGGCGGCCGCUGCUGGGCUCAGCCUCUCCCUUCGGAGACUCCCGGGCCGUGCCGGCGCCGCCGGCCCUCGGGCGGGCUCUGGGAUUUAUCUCGCCGGCCCUUUGGUGGUGGAGCUCCCUCGGGCCGGGGCUGGCUGAGGGUCAGGGCAGAUCCCUGCAGAGGGGCCGAUGGAGCCGGGCUGCGCUGCAGGGCCGCCGGCCGUGCGGGGUGAAGCCGCGGGGCUGGAGCGUGCUCGGUGGCAGCGGAGAGGCCGCUCUGGGACCAGCAGCGCCGUUCGGUCGGCACCUUCUGCCCCCGUAGGCGGCUGGGGCUGUGUGUGUGGGCAGCCGGUAAGCUGCUGCAUGGGGCUGUCGCCUUUCUGGCUUUGGCCGUGUCCAGGGAGCGAUUGGACUGCGUUCAUCUGCCCGGGUUUGGUAGAUUUUUGAUGGAAUAAAGCAGGCGGCUUGUGCCUGAGAAAGCAGCGGUUCCGUGCGUGCUCAGGCUUGGUGCUGAUGGUGGAGACCGGAGUGGUUUUGCACAGUUUGACCUUUUCUCCCGCGCACCUGGCAGGGGUGGCAGCGGGGUGGGAAAAUGGGAGCGAGGUCGGGCUGGUGCCUGCGCAGCGGGAUGGUUCAGUCGGUGCUGGAGCAAGGGCAGAACUGCCUGAUGUAGCCAGAGAAGGGCUGGGUUUGGAGCGUGUCCUGCAGCCUGGCCUGUGCCGCCAGCUGUGCUCGGGCUCCUGGGCAGAUGCCGAAUUCUUUCCAAGAACUUGGCGCAGAGCGUGGCGGUCUCCUAAAGCAGCAGGGCCUAUCCUAUAAUUAUUUAAAUCAUCUGUUCAGAAGAAACACUAAUGGGAUUUGCAAAGACUCCUGACAUUUUGCUGAUGCUCCUGUUAGAAGACCUCUCACCUCAUUUUGGAAACACUAAUAAAAGCACCAGUAUUCAAACUGCAGAGUUUAAAUGCUCACACUUCCUCAAAUGCGAUGACUCAGCAGCUCCAGGAUGAAUUUGACAGCAGUGUGGAGAAUGCAGAAGCUUGGAUGAAGGCCAUCCAAGAGAGACUGAGGAUCAAUGACAACACCAAAGGACCUCGAUCUGCCCUGGAAGCCAGACUGAGAGAGACUGAGAAAAUACGUGCCCUGGAACCAGAAGGCAGCUUGAAAAUGGAUUUGAUUCUUGUGAAGGCGGAUGCUGCUCUUCGCAGCAUCAGUGAGGAGAAGAAGCGUGAGGUGCUCUCUAAACUGAAAGACAUUAAAGCCCUGUGGGAAGAGACAGCCAUAUACAUCACUCAUUGUCACAGCCGCAUUGAGUGGGUCUGGCUGCACUGGAGCGAGUACCUGAAAGCCCAGAAUGAGUUUUACACAUGGAUUCACAACAUGAGGGUCACCUUGGAGCCUGACAUUGAGUUGCAGCUUGGCUUAAAGGAGAAGCAGUGGCAGCUGAGCCACGCUCAGGUUUUGCAGAAUGAUGUCCUAAAUCAGUCAGUCCUGCUGGAAAGGCUGCUGGAGGAAGCUGCUUCGUUGUUCAGCAGGAUAGGUGACCCCAGCGUGGAUGAGGAUGCUCAGAAGAAAAUGAGAGUGGAAUAUGAAGGAAUCAGGCAAGAAGCUCAGAACAGAGUGAAACUGCUUGAAACGAUAACCAAGGAACACGAGCAGUACAGCGCCAGUGUCAACCAGUUUCAGUCGUGGCUGAAUGGUGUCACAGAGAAAUUAAACUGCUGCAUUGGAGGAGCAACCAAGACUUCAGCAGAGGACAAGCUAAAGGCACUGAAGGAAAUUGCCAAAGACAUUAGGAGUGGUGGAAAGAAAUGGAAGCACCUUGAAAAUCAGUGUGCAGAGGUAAUUCAGAAUACCUCUCCACUUGGAUCUGCAAGACUGAAGGAUGAACUUGAAGAGCUCAGAAAAGCCUUGGAGAAGUUGAAAGUGCUGAGUAGUGAGGAGGAGGAGAGAUUGCUCAAGAUCCAACAGUCUGAAAGUGCCUAUGAGUCCCAAGCCAGACAAUUGGAAGCAGACAUCCAGCAGCUGAGGAAAGAUCUACAGAGACUAGAAAAUGACCUGGACCCUGGGGAAGGGGAAAAGACUGAAGAUGAGUUUGUAACUCUGUGGAAAAAAUGCAAUGCAACAAGAGCAGCUCUGGCUGCAGAAGAGUCAAAGAUUGAGAGGCUGAAGGCUCAGCUUAAGGAACUGCUACGGUUUUCCCAAGAUGUGCAGCCACAUGCUGAGAGUGUUGUCUCUGCAAUACAGCAGUAUCAAAGUGUUAGAAGCAAGACUUCUAAAAUGAGCACUGACACAGAAGCCCAGCUGUGGAGACUCAUCCAAAAUCCCCUGCAAAGUUUUGAGCAGUGGAAGCCAUCGGUCCAGAUGCUGCUGGAGACUCCAGAGCCAGAGCUGGCUCACAUUGAGGCUGCUCUAACUGAAAGCUCCCAGUUCAAAGAAAAGUUGAUGACAUUACAGCUAAAGAAAGAUCUGCUAAACAAUGUCCUUGGUGAGGAAAAAGCAGAGUCUUUGCUUCAAGAAGUAGCUGAAGCUUCAAAGGAGAGAGAAAUUCUACACAAAAGUCUGCUGCAAAGCAAGAGCAAACUCCAGAAUUUGAUGUUGCAACAUAAGAACUUUGAUGCUGGUUUUGCACCAUUGCAGAAGAAAUUAUCUGCCAUCAAAGCCAAAUUAGAUCUGGAGAAGGAACCACGGCCUGACCUCUUGGGUAAAAAGACACAACUCCAGAGACUCCAGAUGAUCCAAGAUGACUUGGCAGAGCUUGCAAUUCACAUGGAGGAGGUAGAGAAGCUUGUUCAGUCAAAUACCACACACAGGCAUGAAAUGAACCAACUCUCAUCUGAUUCUCAGGCCCUGAAGAGAUCACUGGAGCUGAUGAUACAGCAGAGUGAAGACCACGUUCAGAAGCACUGGGCAUAUAAUGACAAACUGUCUGACCUCCAGCAGUGGAUCUCAGUAACCAGGGAGAGGAUUGGCUCCUGCCAGGAUGCUGAUGGGGAGCAGAACACUGAAGGCAGGCUGGAAGACCUGGAGAGAUUGCUGGCUGAGUUUCCAGAUAAGGAGAUCCAGCUGAACCUUGUAGAAGCUCAUGGCCAGCUGGUCAUGGAGAAUUCUUCUCCAGAGGAGACUGCCCAUGUCCAGGCAGAGCUGGAUCAGCUGAGGGAGUCGUGGAAAUCACUGAAGGAGAUGGCAACUGGCCUCCUCAAAAAAUGGCAGUUAAGUAGACCAGUGGCUGACAAGAAGAAGAAAAGAGCAUUUGUGGGCAGCAGAUGGAUGUCUAGACCUGCUUUCCACCUUUUUGAUGUCGAUCCCAACCAUAAGCAGGAGAAGAUGGGAGAAGGGCAAACUGCAAGCAGCCACUUGAAACUCCUACAUGACUUUGAAGAGUGGCUCCAAGGAGAAAACACCAAACUGACCAAAAUUCUUGCUGGGACUCCAUCUUCUGCAGAGGAAAUUAAGGCACACCAGAGCAAACUUGAGGAGCUGCAGUCUCGUGUGCCUCAUGGUCAGCAACUCUUUGAGGACCUCCUUCAUCUUCAUCCUGUGGUGGGAAGUUCUGAGGACCUGGAGGAGCUGCGCUACCGAUGGAUGCUCUACAAAUCCAAGCUGAGAGAGGCCCUGAGCUCACCAAGUGCUGGAUCUUUGGAGGAAACAGACAGAUUCAGAAAGGAGCGCUCUGGAGGCGCAUGCUCGUUCCUGCAUCGCGUGCGCCGGGCCGCGCUUCCCCUGCAGCUGCUGCUGCUGCUGCUGCUGCUCCUGGCCUUCCUGCUGCCCCUGGCAGAGAGAGAGAGCCACAGCUGCACCCUGGCCAACAACUUUGCUCGCUCCUUCAAGCUGAUGCUGAGAUACGAGGGUCCACCCCCAACGUAACCGCUGGCACGGCACCAGGUGACGGCGGAAGGGCAGAACUCUGGUUUUAACUGCAGCUCACGUAGGUUUUUAGGGCUUCUAACACAUGCCAACGGGAUGCAUCACAUAAUGCAACUUAUGAUUACUCACUUUAAUCAGGUAUUUGAGUAAAAUUAAUAUUUUUACAAUUUUUUUAUUAUUGUACUUCUGUAUAUAGAGAUUGUUUAUGUGUAUGUAUGUAUAUAUAUAUAUAUAAAUGCAUAUCUGUGGUCAAACUAGCAACCACCAUCCACUCAUCCACUGUUUAAAGAUAAUUCUGCAAUGUUUCUGCCAUCUUUCAGCAAGGAAAAAACUGAAGGAUGGUGUUGUGGGAUUUUCUGGGUGAUUUUUAACAUCAGAUUUUGGUUUACAACUGAAGUCAGAGCAAGUAUGAGAACAUGUGGUCGUGUACCAGAGUGUAAACUGGAGACACAGUAGAAUCAUAAGUGGUUGACAUUCAGCCCAAGGAAGAUUUGGACUUUUCUCUUUGAAAUCUUGAGCUGAUUUUUCAGUUUCUGGAUACAGGGAUUGCAGAAGCUAAUAGAAAUGUUUCUACUGACUUCAGUAGGAGUGGGAGUGGAUCUCCUCUUGUUCUUAUUUUUUACAAGAUUUCUUUUCCAAUUACUGUAUUUUCCAGCCCACCUGAAUCAGGAGAGGUGGAAUACAGUGGGAAGAAAGCUAGAAAAAAAAAAGAAUAUAUUUUUUUAGCAUCUCUCUAUCAGGAGAACUUUUAAAAUCAGAUCAUAAUUUUCUGAACAAAUUUAUGAGCACUGAACAAAACCUUGUAUCACCAAUCUUGUGUAUAACAAAGAGUAGGUUUUUUGUUAGAUUUUUGUGUUUGUGGGGUUUCAUGGUUUGGUUUGUUGGGUUUUUUACUUUAUAAAGAAGCAUUUGGCAACGGAUUAUAAAGCCUGAAAAAUGAGAUGCAGCCUGGCUUGGUGUCAGUAAAGCAAAAGUUGGAAGUACUUUAAUAAUACCACCCUGGAAAGAAGAUUCCUACCUAGGAUUCUUUUGUAUUAAUGGUUUAUUGAAAUUGUGUAAACUGAUUGUAUCAACGACAGUCAAGCAUAAUCUAAAUCUUUGUAAUCUAAACUCUAAAAUUAUGGCAACUUGUCAUUUAUUUCCCUAAGCCUAUGUCUGAUUUAUCAAAUUUUUGAAUGUACAUUAUACAUUGCCUUUAAUGUAAAAGCAGUUCUCACUUCAGAGGGAUGAAGCCAUUCUUAGUGGUGUUUUACCUAACUGACUCCUGGGAGGAAAGGUAAUUUCUAAAAAUUUAUGCCAUUUCUGAGAGCUGUCCCUUCUUGUCUCAUGUUUUAGCUGCAGUAGUAAUCAU